AUGGCAAAUGUCUUCGAUGACCAGGGAGAUACGGGUUUCCGUCGAAGAAGACCAAGACCCAUCACCGACUACGGUUCGUCCAUAAUCCAAUGGAUGCACAAUCGGAAACCGCCGUACCGAGGAAGCUAUCACUAUGAACAAGAACGACCUAGUCUCAGCUAUGUUCUCGACAUAUUACCUCCUCCAGCGAAACGAGAUUCACCAGCCGAAUCAAUCCCCGUACGUCACUUACACACCUCGUUGGGGAAAUCGAAGAAACCUGUCACCGUGGUGAGGUGGAUGCCCGAAGGUCGUCGACUUUUGGCUGGCGUCCACAACGGCGAAUUCAUGCUCUGGAAUGGCAUGUCUUUCAACUUCGAAACCGUCACAGCAAUGGGAUCGAGUUCACUCCGAGCGGCAGAAUGGUCCAACCGCAAAGAUUGGCUGGUUGCCGCCAACGACGAAGGCACAGUCUACUACCUCCAAGCCACACUUAACAACCCGCACCAGUUCAAGGGCCACGAUGCUCCCAUACGCGACAUCGCCUUCGCGCCCGGCGACACCAAAUUCGUAACCGCGUCCGACGACAACACCUGCAAGAUCUGGGACUUCACCUCUUCCGCCGUGGAAUCCGUCUUUAAAGACCAUGGCUGGGACGUCAAAGCAUGCGACUGGCACCCGACCAAGGCCCUCAUCGUGUCCGGCAGUAAAGACCACAGCGUUCGGUUGUGGGAUCCUCGCACGUCACGCAGCCUCACCACACUUCACGGGCACAAAAAUGCACUCACCGCAACAGUCUUCAGUCGUCUCCGCGACCAACUCCUCGCUUCGUCCAGUCGAGACGGGCAGACGCGCAUCUUCGACCUCCGCAUGAUGCGCGAUGUCGCCAUCCUCCGAGGCCAUGAGAAGGGCGUGACCAGCGUAUCCUGGCACCCCAUCCACCCCAGCCUCAUCAGCACUGGUGGCGACGAGGGUUCUCUCCACACGUAUCUCCUCACCGAGCCAAACACACCACAGGGUGUUUCCUCUACUGUCAUCUCUCCAUACACAUCGUCCGACCAGCGUUCUGUGCCUGCCCAGUCAAUCUACCCUGCCCACCGCAUCCCACACGCUCACGAUUCUUCUAUCUGGUCCCUCGACUGGCACCCGUUGGGCCACAUCCUCGCAACAGGCUCCAACGACCACUUUACGCGGUUCUGGUCCCGCGCCCAGCCGGGCGAAACGACCUGUUUCAAAGAUAAAUUCCACCUGGGCGAAGAAGGAGCCGAAGCCCAAGGCACAUGGGACCGUAAAUUCGGCCAGCGCCAAGCAAAGGAGCAGGAAGAGCAAGAAGCCGAAGACGAAGCAGAGGGUCUCGAAGACCAAGCUGUCUCCGGCACCCAAUCUGCCGCCGCGGGCUUUUCUAUCCCGGGUUUACCUGGUCUGGGAGCGCUCGGCAACGGGUCAACACCGUCUCUGCCAGGUAUUGGUGCCACCAACAUUCCUCCUCCGCCCAUCAACCUCCUUCCAGGUCUACCGAAUCAACUUGGGGUUGCACCACAUGGUCACCCCAUCCCUCAGAUCCCAGGUGUCGACGCCAGUUCUCUUCAACGCUUACUAGCCAUGUCUCAACAGCAACAACCUCCUGCUUCCUUUCAACAAUCACAGCAACAACCUCCGCCGCCGCCGCCGCCACCGCCACCCGGUCUGGGUAUGGGUAUGGGAAUGUCCAUGUCCCAACAGCAACAACAACCACCGGCAAUUGACUUCUCACAACUGAACCUCCCACUGGGCUUUCCCCCACCGCCACCUCCACCCGGACAAUUACCUCCUGGUCUUUCUGGUCUAGGAGGGACUCCGCCCAUAUCCAUCUCUGGCAUCCCGGGUCUCGGCGGUGGUGGUCCUCCCGCGUUGUCUCACCAGGGCGGUGGAGGAAAUGGAACCAAUUCCAGCACGCCGGGUAAUGCUGACGGCGUUCGUAGACGAGCUCCUUUACCCAGCCAGCGUGAUGGAUUCAAGGCAGAGCAGGCGAGAGGGAAUUACCGUGUAGCCAGAUAA